AUGAGACAUCAAUUCAAGGACGAGCAUCCUUUUGCUCAUAGAAAAGCCGAGGCAGAGAGAAUCCUCGGGAAAUUUGAAGACCGUAUUCCCGUGAUUUGCGAACGCGCCGAGAACUCAGACAUUCCUGAGAUUGAUAAGCGCAAGUACCUUGUUCCAAGAGAUUUGACGGUUGGCCAGUUUGUCUACGUCAUCAGAAAGAGGAUGAAGCUUCCAAGCGAGAAAGCUAUCUUCAUUUUUGUCAACGACAAAUUACCACCAACCGCCUCAUAUAUGUCUCUCGUGUACGAGAACGAGAAGGAUGAGGAUGGAUUCCUGUACGUUGUUUACAGCGGAGAAAAUACCUUCGGAGACAUAGAGGGUGUCGAAGAGAUCAAGGCAUAA